ACGCAUACAUCGCACCCCGAGGCAUUUAAAAACACUCCAGAUUAUCUCACAUGUCUUCAUUAAUGAUUCAGUGAUAUUUUCAACAUUGCGCAAUAGGAGCAAAAUAGUUGAGUCAUGAAAAACGUACGAAAUUAAAUUUAUGUUCGUACGUUUUUCUGUGCGUGAUCAAGCGUGAUGAAUGACAGACGAGGCGGGGCGCGAUUUUCAUAAUUUCUCUAUUUCGGCAGGAGGCAGCGUAGCCCAUACAUGAGCGUAAUCCAUCUGACGAUGAAACGCAAUUUCGAAGAUGCGGGAGGCAAGGGUGACUGCGUGCUUCCUGGGACGAGAAGAUCGAUAGAAUACAUGCGCGCCUGACCACGUCGCGACGCGCACGAGUUCUCUACGCAAUCUGUGUUGCAAACGUCUGCCUUGGAGUUGUGCGUUUUUCGCGAGGUGCGGUCAUAGGUGCUUUGUGACGGUUGUGACGCUUGCGACGCGGACCAAGUCAUACCGUCGCGGUCGAUGAAACUGCGCGAAACGCGUAAGCUUCAUCUAUCAGUGCUAUCGAAACAUCUCGCAUCGCAUCGUCCCGCCCGCGCCGCGCGACGGAAUUAAUACCUACGCGCACACUGACCUAGAAACGCUAAACUUGACGGGACGUCAUCGUUGAGACAUCGUUGUUUCUCCCCGAUAACAGAUCCGGUGAGUCGAUUUUUUUCGACUGGCCUGUUUAGAGACAACUGAUUACGAUGCAAGCGGAGAAGAGUGAUACUGACACUGAGAAAAACGAGACCCUCAACGAUGUAACGACUUCGGUUGCGAAUGAGGUAACAAAUUUGAAGAUAGAAGAUGGUUCAACGAGUUCGACACCGAGUAGCCCUGGUAGCACUGAACCAGGUAGCUUUUUAGCGAGCUUCAAAGCGUUCUCGAAAUUCGGUGAUCCAAAGAGCGACGGUAAAUUGAUUACGUUGAGUCAAAGUGACAAAUGGAUGAAACAAGCGAAAGUGAUCGAUGGAAAGAAAAUUACUACCACCGACACGGGAAUUUACUUCAAAAAGCACAAAUCCACAAAGCUCGGUAUCGAGCAGUACAAAACGUUUCUUGAAGAAUUGACUAAAAGUAAGAAAGUGGAAUUAGCGGAAAUAAAGAAGAAGAUGGCUAAUUGUGGACCACCUGGGUUUACUGGGGGCGCUAGUGGAGCUGGAAAAGCAGCGUCAACAGUUGAUAGACUUACCGAUGUCACCAAAUAUACCGGCUCUCACAAACAACGUUUCGAUGAGACGGGAAAAGGUAAAGGCAUAGCAGGUCGAAAGGAUGUAGCAGACACAUCCGGAUACGUCCAAGGCUACCAAAAUAAAGAUACAUAUAAAGGCCAGUAGUACUCAUCUGAUUGCUCCAAUAAUAAAUAUCUUUAAAAUCAUGCUGUUAAAAUCAUGUCUGAGCGCAGUAUGCACAUUCAAAUAGUCGCUACUCGUUGUUAGCGGACUGAAUUUCUUUACUGUUUCAUCAGCGAUCUGACAGAUGUAUCUUGAAUAUCAAUUUCACAACAUUUCAUCUUUGAAAUGUAUACUAAGAUAGCAAUAUCGUAAUUAAGAACUUUUGGCAAAAUAAUAUGUUUGAUAUUAUGCGGCAAUCUUUUUGAAACUUUUGCUCUUGAUGUUAACAUUGCAUUUUUCGUAUAUAAAUUUUUCGAUAA